GUAUAUUUACAAAUGGCGACCAAAACAACGCGAUGUGGACCGGCGCCGGCACGCUACCACCGCAGUCGCCUCGACACCCAGCCGGCACACCACAUCAUCAUCACGAUAAGAUGUACCUAAUGAAUAUUUCGACGAUAAAAUAACUUGUACCUUCCCCACACUUCACUUCAAUCACGAUGAAGACGUUUCGCUUGGAGCUGACCCUCAUCACGAUAGUCCUUAUACAGAGAUGCUACCUCAAGAUCCUACGCAACAACGCGCUUAUGAACAAGAUGGUCUCACACUUUCAGAAAGAUAAUCCACAUAACAAUUUGGGUUUAAAUUCAAAGAGGGCAAACAGAGAAAGGCCGACCAUUAUCGAAAUGGACGAAAGGACCUGGCCCAGGGGACGAAAUCCCGUAGAAAUAGACGAAAGAACGGAUGUUAGGAUAGAAAGUCAACCAGAACCCCUUGAUAGUCAGAAACACUCUAAAGAACCUUCUAGGUCAGACUUCUCCCAGCCUGCGCCGCAUCCUCAAGCGUCCAGUCCGCAAAAAAGAGAACGAAUACUAAGCCUGAUGAAAAACGUUCUCUGCAAAAACUUUCCCGCGAUUCCUUGCAACAUGAUCAUGCAAGAUGAAGCGCUUAACAAACUCAUACAGAAGUCGAUUCAGCAGAUGAUCUACAAACAGUUUCAAACCUCUGACGGAAGCACCGUCUCUCCGCACAGUCCCACUGUUUUCCCAUUAAUUAAUAGCGAAGAUCUGUCGAACUUCUUAGAGGUGUCAAACACAGGAUAUUUCAACGCGAAGAAAAAACAGGAAGAUGAAAAACGACAAACUAACAGUAUAAAAAUGCAAAAGCACUGGUCUCUUGACAAAAACUCAAAGAAGAAGGAAAAAAUUAAGUCAAAUCAAGGAAAUCAAGACACAAAAGGAACCAAUCUUUACAACAACGGACAUAAAAAGAUGCUAACGUUUUAUAAGGUAAAGUCUAAAGACAAAAAAAAUAGUAAGACUGAUUACAGAGAGUAUUCUGAGGAAAAAUUAUCAAUGUCAGUAGAGGUGCCAGAUAUGAAAAUAUCGAAGAAAGUGCCACAGAAGGACAUGAAAGAUAAUAUGGCUUAUAAAGUGGAGUCUGAAGACCAGCCCAUAUGGCGAAUAGACUACAUGAAACACGGGAUGCCCAGUAUAAAUAGGUUUGGGUAUGAAGACGACCGACUCAGUGGUAAACUGAUAAAGCCCGGGCCCAAUGUAAUGUUAGACGAGAAUCGACUUGAACAGUCUUCUGUGAUCAGAAAGGAGAUACUACAUCCAGACUUGUACAUAAAGAAAAACUUCGCACGGAAAGGCAGCGUCAACUUCAAUUCGGAAGGCAUGGACUAGAUAUUACAUUCAAGACCACCAAAUUUCUGGAAAAUCUGUUUGUCUUACACAUUUUGCGAUUUUGUAAAUGCAUAUCUAUAUUAAAAAUAAAGUAUGCGGUAAGUGACGUGGUAAGUUCCAUUAGAGUUUUUUUUAUUUUCUCAU